AUGACUGCAGAGUGUCGAGAAGUGCGAGUUCCUAACAAGGAAGCAGAUUUAGAAAUGAUCUUGGAUGAUCGAAUUAUUGUGAUUGAUGGAAGUGACCACAUUUGGUAUGGCCAGAAUGUUAGAACUCGUAAAUUCGGUCAUUUCUAUCGUUCUUGCAUUUAUGCAAAAAGUAAUCGCAGCGGUGAACCAAACAGUGCCAAUUUUACCAGUGGUAUGAUAUCGGAAAACAAUCAUAAUGAUAAGAUCUCGAAACCUAUUCCAGGAUCUUUUAUUCACGCUGGACAUGGUGAUAUAAAUCCCAGUCAGAGCUGGGGGCAGCCUGAUAGGAUUGAUGAUAUAUAUCUUAAAAACCCUAUACUUCGAAAGGAAAAAGAAAUAUUUAAUGAAAAUUCGCGACGUCGAAUUGGGCCAGAAAUUAUUCCAUCUAUCAUUGAUGUAUCAUCACGCGGCCAAUCAGUUGUCUCAGCGCUUAAUGCAGGUUCUGGAAAUCGAGCAAAUGAAUCACCAAAUUUAGCCAGAGAUAAAAGUUUAUAUUCAGUGGAUCCCUUUGCUCCUUUCAGUGAGUAUUCCUAUGAAGUUUUUAAUGGACAUGUAUCAGAAAAUGUCAACCAAACAGCCUCAAAUCCUAAUUUGCUUCAUCCUUCAUCAUUCGACGUAUAUGAUCAACCACCAGUGGCGGUCGAAACUCACGUAGAUGGAUUGAUCGAUUCAGUAAAAAAUAAAUCAAAUCCUAGCCAAUUGUCAGUUUCUGCUACAGUCAGUAUGCAUCCAUCAGAAAACAUUGUCAAACAAGAAUCGCCAACCUUAGCAAAUAAUUCCAAGAAUGCGGAAAAUUAUUAUUUAUUGCGUCGACCACAGUCUUCAGUGGUUUUGAAUUCGAUCAAAAGUUCUUCUUCUAGUCGAUUCAGCUCAAGUCUUACACCUCCGCCGAUUCGUUCCAUUAAUUAUUAUAAUCGAGCUGAAAACCAGAUGUUAAAAUCUGAGGAUUCGUCGAGGAAUUUAUCGCAAGAUGCAAUAUUUUCGUCAGUUUCUUCUGAAAAUUGCAGAAACUAUAUUGGUUCUGUAAUUUCAGAAAAAGCGGAUGAAACUAAGAUAUCACAAAGACCAUACGAUAUAGCAGAAAAUAUCCACAGUAUAUGUAACUUCAGCGAUGAUCAAUCGCGCAUAAAUUCGACCAAUUCUUCGGUUAAUGUUGAACCCACACCUUCAUCUGCUUCCAGUCUGUUUCAUUCAUCGAAUGUUUGUUCUCUCUAUGAACAGUCUUGUUCUGCUACUACGUCUGUGGAUAUUGCUGAACGAAAGGAAGAUCCGUUCGAGGUUCCAUUGGUGGUUAAGAAUAUUGCAAACCGUGAUCGCUAUAGUCAAAUGUUUAUGAAUACUUCAAAUGAUUUAAAUUCUACGCCGAUGAUGGCGAAUUGUUUUUCCUAUUCAAAUCCUGAAUGUACAACAAAUACGCCAGUGGCACAAUCUUCAUAUCGAGUCCCAUUCUUUUGGCAACCGCCCAGCCAAUCUACCAAUCCAGCAAAUAAUUUAUUAACGAGUAUUGGAACUACUCCGACAUUGGUCUACGAUGCUCAGUUAAGUGCAAAAGCAAUUCAAAAACAACAGAAUAGUCCAAGAAACAUCAAUUUCAGUGUAAAAAGAUUAUCGGUUAAUGAGAGUACUUCUGGCGAAAUAUUGCAGCCAAAAUCUAGUCAACUAAUUCAACGAAAAUCUUUCAUAAAUGACGAAGUGCUUUGCAUGUUUGAUCCACUUGUCUCAUUACAAUCGACAGUAAACAAGGCAGAAGGGCAAAAUUGCUUGGAAAUAGUUAUGAAGGGCGCCACUUUUGCUGGGCGUGAAAGAUGCGAACAAAUGUUAUUUAAAUGUCAAAAUGAUUCUGCACAAGCAAUACGUGAAUUAAAAAUUGAUGAAUUAAUGUGUAUGGGUGUUGCGAAAAAUCGUUCGUUAGCAAAAAUUGCUUUAGAGGAUUGCCGUUGGAAUUUGAAUGAUGCGGCAGCUGCGCUGAUUUCAUGA